UGUAAAUUUUGGUCAAACUGUUAAAGUUGCCUGCCCCUCCAACAGUUUUCAGAAUCUGACCCUAGAUCUGUAGGGGGCGUGUCUCCUCUCGCCUGUCUGUCACACUUUUGCUACCUUCAUGACUCAUUGCGGUGUCCAUGUCUGCAGUACCAGAGAGGACUGGAAAAAUGGCGGCGGGUUCUGGAGCUGUUAGCGGCCAUGGUGGCCGCGGCGCUUUGGAGGCCACCCUGGACCGCAGAUUCCAAGGAGUAUCCAACACUAUGGAGUCUAUACAGGGACUGUCGACCUGGUGCAUUGAAAGUAAAAAGUAUCACAGCCUUAUCGUUCGGUACUGGAUGAAGUGGCUCAAGAAAUCGGACACCAACCACCGCCUGAAUCUGUUCUAUCUAGCCAAUGAUGUAAUACAGAACUGCAAGAGAAAGAACGCCAUCGUCUACCGCUCAGCCUUCGCUGAGGUGCUCCCCAACGCUGCACUAAUGGUCAAAGACCCGAAGGUGCGUAAGUCAGUGGAGCGGAUCUUCACUAUAUGGGAGGAGAGAAAUGUCUAUCCUGAGGAACUCAUCACUCAGCUCAAAGCCAACCUGGCCAAGAAGGAGAGAGAGAGGGAGAAAGAGAAGGCUAAAGAGACUCCUCCCCCGCCAGCCCCAGUCAACCCCAAAGCUGCCCUGAAGUCCAAGAUUGUGGCUGAUUUCCUACCCCAGUCGUUCAUCGAGCAGCUGGCAGGCUUCAAACGGGUGGUGGAGGAGGAGGAGAUGAGGGAGACCCAGCUGACAGCUCUCAGAGUGGACGUCUGCAGCACGGAGGCUCUCAAGAGACUCAAAGACAAGGCCGGAGGGAACAAGUUUGCCAAGGACUUUGAAGAGGGCAGUCAGAAGCUGCAGGAGUUUGUCAGUUUCCUGGAGAACCAGAUGCCUGUAGGUCCCCCUCUGCUGGAGGCUCUAGGAAAUGCAGACGUCUUCUAUGAGAUGCAAUACAAAGAAGUUAAGAUCGUGGCCAGCGCCUACAAAACCUUUGCCAACCGCGUGGUCAACCUCAAACGUAAACUGGAUGCCCUCAAGUCCUCCCUUCCCGGUCCCGAGGACUCUCCCAUCCCCUCCCCCUCUGAGGACGCUCCCUCACCCACCGGCUCUGACUCCCCCUUCCUGGGGCUGGGAGGAGACCAAGGGGGUAGGCUGGGCUUUGACCCGGACCUGGAUGGGAGUGCCAUGGACGAGAGGGACGUGGGGGUUGUGAGAGAGGGGGACAACAGAGAUGUGGAGGACAUGGAUCUGUCUGAGGAGGACAUGGAGACAGCCAACACAGCAGAGAAGCAGUCGUCAUCAGCCACCGUUUCCAAGGUGACCAGCUCCAAGACCGCAGCAAAACCCGCCCCUGUCACACUCAUUCGAACCUCCACCGAAUCCCCACUCAAAAAGGCAGCCUCGUCUACCCCCACGCCAGUGACCCUCAGCGCCCCUACGAGCGCGGGUGUGAGUGGUCCUAGCGGUCCAACCGCUCCUCUGGGAAUGAACCUGGCCAAUGUGGACCUGGGCAAGAUCAGCUCCAUACUGAGCAGUAUCACAUCAGCCAUGAAGAACACAGCAGCCAGCCCUGUGUCUCGCCCCUCCCCUGGAACUCCCACCACCCCCUCUGGCCAAUCAUCUUCCUCCAAAACCCCAGUUGGCCCCACCCCUCCUAGCCCAGCCCUGGCCAGCAUCCUGUCCAGAGUGAACGUCACCCCUGAAGGCAUCCUCAACGCCCUGUCAAAGACCCAAACACAGAGUCUGUCCUCUCUGCUGAGGUCUGGUAGCUCCUCCUCCUCUGCCCCUCCUCCCAUGCCUCCCCAGACUCCUCAGCAGCCAAGGGCCCCCCCACACCCACCACUCCUAGCAACACCAAACCCCCCCUGACCAACAGUCUCAAACGAGACACACCUGAGAGGAGCAGGGGAGCCAGGGAUUGGGAGAAAAACCGAGAGGCCUCAACUCCUCCUCCUCCUCCCUCUCUACCUAGCCGCUCUGUCUCUCCUCCCAGCCUAGAGUCUAAGAUCAACCGUUUCCUCCAGGGGAACCCAGGGUUCAGUCUGGGCCUGGGGGAUGGGAGCCCUCUGCUGGGGGGAGACGGGGUAGACGGGACCCCC